UCUGCAGCUCGUUGUGAGUGGAUUUGUUAAGAGUUACGGCGCUACUUAACAGAAAAAUUUUCUCUAUUCGUGAAAAAGAAAAUUCUACAAAAUUUUUUAAAAACUAAUUAACAAAUCAGUGUGUGUACUGUUAUAAUUAGAUAUAUAUAUAUACAUAUGUAUAUAUAUAAAUGUGCUAAAGGAUAAUUAUCCACCAAAAAUCGUAAGGCAUCCGCGUAAAUGUACUCAGGGCCACAGCUGCACAAUUAAGUGCUUUGCAACAACAACAAAUACGCUAGAGUGCUACUGAAAAGUAUAUAAAAUUGAGAACAAUUUUCAAUUUUCGUGGUUCUUUUUUUAUUUUGGAGUCAAAAGCAGUUCAUCUCGUUUAAAGUCAAUUGGUUUUGAGUUAACGCCGUUUCGAGUGGAGCUGUAGUGCAUUAGAUUGUUUGCAAUAACAAAUCACCUGAAAGAAACGUCGUCGUCCGACGCUACAGCGCCAGAUAUCUGCUUUCCUUUCCGGCACUGGUAAAUUUUCACCGCCAACAUAGCGAGAAAAUCGCGUCAGAUGUCCACUGGCGUGACGGUCGGUGGCGGUGGUGACGGUACUGUGACCGUGGUGGCUACCACCACGAACACUGUGGCGGACGACAUGGCCAAUACGUCAACCACUAGUGGUGGCGGUAGUAGCAAGUCUGGGCAAAUCACAUUAACGCCACGUUUUACCCAAGAGGAAAAGGAAAUACUCUACAGCUUGUUCCACGAGCAUGAGGAGGUCAUCGAUAUUAAAUUCCGUAAGAAACAACGUUCCAAAUAUUCGGUGCGCGAUGCAUGGGAGAAUAUUGUGCGCGAAUUCAACACACAUCCGGGUGUAAGCGCAGCGCGUAACCUGAAGCAGAUACAAAAAUUCUGGUUGAAUGCAAGACUACGUAAGCAGUACCCGUUCCGACCGAAUGGCCAAAAGGAUGCAAACCACACACAAGCAGGCGGCAAUGCCAGCGAACGCACUGAAGUCGUGAGCCAUCAGAUCAAAGAUGAGCCCGACUUUCAGCUCACCAACACUGACCCCGAUGAGCAUGGCAGCCAGAAUGAGGCGUUCGAAGAGAUGGAGAUGGAUACCAGUGAUGGUGUGGGGCAGCUAGUGGAGCAGGAGCCACUGGAUCCGUUGCAACAACAACAGCAGCAGCAGCAUUUGCAGCAACAACAACAACAACAGCAUCAGCAACAGGUGCUGCAGCAGCAUGUACACCAACAACAACAGCAGCAACAAACUAUACAAGCGCAGCAGAUAUCGGUGGAUCAAAUCAGCGCUGAAAAGCUAACGCUCAACGAUUUGCUACAAUUCAAGACGACACGUCCGCGUGAAGACAUAAUCUUGCAGAUCAAACAUCCCACCGAUGCCACCACUGCACACAUUACGCUACCAUCGCCCACUCGCAUCACCAUACCCAGUCAACACCAGACGCAGCAGCACACCAUUACCAUGCCGGCCACAUACAACCAGCAGAUCAUCAGCGAGAUUAAGCCACAGCAAAUAACACUCGCCCAAUAUCAGGCGCAACAGUUGCAGCAGCAGCAGCAGCAGUUGGCCCAACAUCAGCUCGCUGUUGCUGCACAACAACAACAGCAGCAGCAGCAACAACAACAACAGCAACAGCAACAUCAGCAACAACAACAGCAGCAUCAAAUUAAGAUGCAAAUACAAUCACCGGCCACAGCACAGUUCGCCACAGCUACGCCGACCUUCACUUGCGCCACACUGCAUGCAUUACCCGUCGCCACAGCGCCGGCGCCACCCACAGUCGUGCCCACGGUGAGUGUGAGCAAUGCGGCCGCUGCAGCGCCACCCACACAGGGCAAUACCUCAAUCACAGUGGACUCCUUUGAGGAAAAAGUCCAGUAUUUCCGAUUGAAGGAGGCGGAAUUGCGUGUUAAGGAGACACAGGUGUCGUUGGAGAAGAAGAAAAUCGAGCUGAAUCGAGCGCAAGAAGAACUCAAGCAUUUGCGUGAGGUGCACCGGCUGCAGGUGGAGGAGCUCAAAAUGAAAAUACGCAUUUUGCAGGAGGAAGAAAAACAAUUGCGUAAGACCAGCAAUGAGGAGCAGGUGUAAAGAAUGUCUACUAAAUGUCUAUUACGGAUUAUUGCUUAGCUUGUAAGUUUGUAGGUUAGGUAUUUUCGAUUAUUUUAUUUUGUUUUUUAAAAAAAAUUUCAAAAAAUAAACGCAUACAUAGAUAUAUAUAUAAAAAAAUAUGUAUUAGUUUUAUCCAUCAUGUUCAAAAGUAAAUUGGAUUUACGAGUAUGUAUAUAAUUCACCUAUGAAAUUGAGGUUAUUUUUAAAAAUAUGCCGAUUUUAUAUAAAAAAAAACUUUUAAGUUCAUUCAUUCGCCACGCGAAAAGAAAUGGAAGUCUUCAUUUGCUUGUACAUACAUAAAUAUAUAUUUAACUCGAAUUUUUGAAGCUAAAUGAAGACGAAAAUUUGUUUCUUAACGGUAAAAAAUAAACUUUUUGGCAAGAAUAA